AUGAAACUCCAAUUGAACCCCACAGCCCUCCUCCUCUCCACCCUGACCCUCACCUCCCAACUCGCUCGCGCCGAUUUGAGCUACUACUGCGAAUUGGCCAAAGACGGCAGCAAGAUGAUCCAGAAAGCCUACUGCUGCGACGAUCUCGCUCCAGCGCGGUACGCCCCGGAUUUCCUCCAGGGGAAGCAGUGUACCCUUGCGGAUGCGAAGACGGUGGGGGAUUCGUGUCCGCAUGAUAAGAUGAUGCCGGUUUGUUGUUAUACGAUUGUGGAUUUGUAUACUUGUACUUCGAAUGGGUAUUUUCAGGAUUUGUAG